AUGGCUGUAGUAGAUGCCAGUGCUGUCUUAGCAGAGAUUAAUGAAGACUUUCUGUGUUGUGUUAUAUGUCUAGAACGAUAUUCAGAUCCAAAGAUACUACCAUGUCAUCAUACGUUUUGUAAGAAAUGUCUAGUGCAGCAAGCUGAGAAACAAACACCCCAGAUCCUGAUGUGUCCAACCUGUAACAAGUCAGUAAAGGUUCCAGUCAAUGAUCUGCAGUCUAAUUUUUUCAUGAGCUCACUUCUAGACAAAGUACCUGAGAAACUGGAAUCUAGUACCCCUAGACAGUGUGAAUUUUGUGAAGAAAAUGAAGUCACCUUCAUCUGCCUUGAAUGUCAACAGUAUUCCUGUACAUUUUGUUCCAAAGCACAUAAAAAAUCCAGGGUGGCAAAAUCUCAUCAAGUUUUAUCAUUUGAAGACUAUCAAGAGGCCAAAGAAAAGAAGCCAUUUGCUGUACAGCCGAUACAAUAUUGUGAUGUCCACACAGAUAAUCAGUUGAAAUACUACUGUGACACGUGUCAGAUACCUAUAUGUAUGGAGUGUACAAUCAUAGAUCAUAAAGUACACCAACACAGAUAUAUUAAAGAGGUGGCAGAUGAGUACACCAAAGAAUUGAAGGUGAACGUCGGGAAGUUAAAAGUAAAAGCAGAUGAAGCAGAGACAAGUAAAAUAUCAGCCAAGGCAGCCUGUAAAAAACUGAAGUCUUGCUGUGAAGAAGAAGAAGCAAAGAUAAACAAGAAAACAAAUGAAAUCUUGGAAGAUCUGAGACGACAAGAUGGAAGCAGUUCAGCAAAAACAGAGGAGAUUGGUGGAUGA